AUGUCAGUCCAUGCCUGUAAUAAUCAGUUGAACGUGAACAGAAGAAUUAUGGAUGAGAAGAUUUCCAAUCAUCCAUGUCACAGACUGAGUAUACCGUCUGCUAAACUCUUCUGGUGUCGCCACUGCAUGCAAUCCUUCGAAGAUCCCAUAACAAGAUGGCGACAUAGUAAGAGCUGUAAAACUGGUGGCAUUGAAAAUCACGAAAAGAGAAUAGAACAAGAUGUAUCUGCACUACAACAAUACUGUGAAUCGAAACAACGGGAAGAUGACAUUUCUAAACAGAAUCACGGAACCACAACAGAAAUUCUAGAAACUGUUACCGGCGAACAAUUGGUCAUCGUUAAACACGAGACUGUCGAAAAUGAAAACGAAGUGUUUGAGAAAAUUGAGCAAAAAGGAGAGUACAGUUGUUUUAUUUGUAAACGACCAUUUCCAUCUCUUGAAGACAUGAAAGAACACGUCAAGUACCCUUGCAGUAAACGUGAACCAAUUGAGUAUGGCUCCAUUUUGAUUCCUGGUUCUGGUGGAACUACAUUUAUCGAUCCACCCACGAACUAUUUUCCCAAUUCUUCUCGAAAGCAGCAAGUGAUUGAGGAACCCAUUCCUCCAAAACCCAAGAUGCCCAUGAUAACACGACAACCAGUCUUAGGAGAAAUCGUAGAACAAUCUGCUGACCCAAGUACUGGAGUCCGAACUUUUGAAGUUCAUUCGCAAAAUGACGACAUCCCAUUGAGUGACAUUUUAUCAAAAUUAUCAGAAGGUGGAUAUUUGGUUGCCGGGGAGGAGGCAUCAGCUGUCAAUCAAGUCGUCGUCGUGCAGCAAGUUGAUGAAAAGGGGCAGAUAACUCAAACAGAGCACAUUCUGCCUCCUCAUAUUCAAAUACAGCAGGGAGUUCAAGGUCAGGAGCCUCAAUCUGAAACUCAGGAAGCAGUUCCAGAUGAAAUUGAAGCAGACGUGAUAGAUGCUAUUCAAGGAAUUGAUGAAAAUUCUCAAGAAGGGGAGAUAACCUACUAUAUCACUGAAACUGGGCAAUUGGUUAAAGAUCCCAUGGAAUUGAAAUCUGGAAAUAAAGAGUUAUUUUACUAUGACGAUGAUCAAUUUGCUGGGAUGAAUAUAUUAACUCAGGCGGCAGAGGCGACCAUGGGGAAUCUGAUUUAUCCAGAAAAAAGGAAAGCAGAAGAAGAUGAAGAUGAAAAUGUGAAAAGAAGUCGAGUGCAAUGCAAACCGGAUGAAGAAUUCGGUUCCAACAAUCCCCCAGAACCCCCACGAUCUCCUCGUAAUGAUUAUCCCUCGUUUGAGAACGGUACAAUAAGGAUUCUUGGCAGGCUUAGUCAAUCUGAAGCAACAAAUAGCUCUUCUUACAACAAUGAUGGUCAAAAUGGCAAACAACAGAGUUCUAAUCAAGGGGAACAACCCAUGGAUACAACAGAAAGUUUGAAUUCGAGAUACAUUGACAGAAGCCUCAGUGUUGAUUUGCCAAUCAGUAGCCAUCUUGCUCGAUACCCUCAGUCAGAUCUCAACCAAAAUAAUUCUGAACUGUCAAACAGUCUCCCUUCUCCAACACCCAAGAAAGAAAAACCUAAAAUUCCUAACAAAGGGAGAGAAUCUCCACCCAAGAAAUCGAAGAAAAGUCGAAGGAGGUAUUCAUAUGAGGAUGAAUUUAAGUGCCGAAUUUGUGAUAAAACUUUUCGAACAUCUCAGCUUCUCUCCAGGCAUUCUCAGUAUCCGUGUAAAAUUUUUAACACGCGAAAUAUGAGUCAAAAAGUUUUGCGUCCAAAACGUGGAACAAAUGUUGGCAAACUUUUAAACACAAGUAACCAGAAGUCAUCUUCUAAAAAUCCAUCCCAUAAUACUAAAUCUCAGGCAUCACAAAAAACUGUUGUCAAUGUAUAUCGCAAGCCAAUGUUGUUAUUACAUGGACUUAAAGUCUCAACCCUUUUUGAGGAAAAGAAAAAGAGUAAAAAAGUCAAAAAGAGGCCAGAGCCAUCGUAUAUACCAACACUUCCUCGAACAAAAACAAUAUGGCUACCAAAUGAGAAACUGAUCAUGGACGAACUUCCUGAAAAAGAGCAAUUUUUUUAUGAACUUGAUUUGGUUGGGUGUUACCAUUUGUCAGGGGAGCCGCGACCUAAUUCUCCUGUGAACGUUCCAAAUAUUUUCAACCCCGAAAAUAAGUUCCUUGAAAAUCAAUCGUCAUCCGAAAAAACAAACGAUGUCUUCACACCUCUUACGAUUUCAACAGAUAUCGAUUGCAGUAGAAAUAUUUCCUUACUGGAAGACUUUUCUCCGCCAAUCCUGGAGCGUAUGGAUUUAGUAAAUAGUCCAGAACUGUCCAGUCCUAAUCUACCAGACGAACCUCCAGUUUUAAUCCCAGUGAUUGAAGCUGUGACUAAAUCAGAAAAGAUACUAGAUGAUUCUGACUACACUUUUGAUUUCUCAUCAACUCCGAAAUCAAAAACGCCUGAAACCAGACGUCAUUUUAUGGAUUUGUUUAUUGAAGCCUCACCAAUUACCGCUCAAAAACAAAAUGGCAGCCAACAACUUGAUGACGCAGACGCCAAGAAAUCUCCAUUGAAGAACAUGAUCACAAAGAAUGAUCUCAUUUCAAAACUGACCAAUAGUCUAAAGAAGAAGCUGACUCCACAGAAAAUCUUGCCAAUGUCAACUGAAGCAACCAUUGCCGCCAAACGCAGUCUGUUACCUUCGUUUGAUAAUAUUUCUGUCCAUGAUUCAAAUGCUCCAGUCAAGGCAAAGAAGCGUUUAGUUUUACCAAUCUCAAAAUUAAAUGGUGUCAAAUCCCCUUCUAAAUUAAAUGUAGUCAUUUUCAAACAAAAGUCACAAUUCCGCAAAUUUGUUGAGCGUAAAACUAUCACGAAACAAGUAUUCGCAGAUCAAGAGCUAGAAGACGACAUUUGUGAACUUUUGGACUAUAUGCUUGAAAAAGUUGCGACACAAAAUGCACCAAAUAUUGGCAGCUUCUCGGAUUUAGAAAUUGACUCUGAUGUGAAAAUAAAACCUGAAAAAAUGGUAAAAGAUGCCUCAAAUAGUUUUGAAAGUGAGACCAGUAAAACUGAAAACUCAGCUCCCGGUACUACAUCUUGGAAAGAAUUAAAAGGUGUGCUUCACAGACGAAAUGAAAUUAAGAAACUUUUAAACAGUAUGCUUAAAACAGUUAUGUGUCGCAAAAUUUCUGAAAUAGAUUUGGACAAGACAGAUAUUCAAAAUUUGAUGAACAAAAUAGUCAACAAAGUGACACAUUCUUGUGAAACAUCAGCUAAAAAUUACCAAUUGACUGAUGAAGUCCGUGAAAUUUUGGACCAAAUAGUGUGUAAAGUUUCUGACAAGCAAAUCGAUCUUGAUGUUCAACAAUCUUUAGAUCAAAUUGUGCAAAAUAUUGUCGACCAUCAAACUAAUUUUGAAGUGGGUAAGAUUUUAAACGAAAUGGUGUCAAAUGUGGUAUCGAAAUAUCAAGCUGAUCUCAUGCGAAAUGAAAUCAGUGAAAUUUUAAAUAAAAUUGUAAGGGAAAUCUCUGAAAAUUUAGAAGUGGAAAAUUUGGAAAUGAAUAGAAACAGUUUAGAUUGUUUGGAAAUGGACACCAAGUCAGAUGUGAAUGCGAAUAAUUUGACUUCAAAAUUAGAAACUAUUAAAAUUGAAGUGGACGACGGAGAAGACAUGUUUUUUGUGAUGAAGGACGGAAAUUUAAUUCUCAAAGAAAUGGUCAGUGAUUUUGAAGCAGACGAUUUCUCGCAGACGACAGACUCUGUGAAAAAUGAAUCGCCAGAUUCAAAUGAAUCUUUUUCAGAUGAUGCAAAAGACAGUGACUUCAAUUGUGGAGGUGAGUUUCAAAAUGGAUUCUCAAACUCUGAUGACAGUUCAAAUUCGAAAUCGGAUUUCAAUUCAAAUUCACAAAGUGUUCUGCAUGACGAAGGAAUUGUGAGCGACAUUUCAGCAGCAGACAAUUCUGAACGAGACAUGUUAAAGAAUGAAGCAACACGCCCAAAUGUGACGGUACAAUAUAUUCCCCGUAUCAAUUCGGUAGAUGCCUUGACGUCUGAGAAACUCAAUUUCGGACUGGACAAUGACUUUGAUAAAGAAGGUAGUCCAGAUUACAUAGUGUCUAAAAUAGUCUUCAAUGAAGAAGAAAUAGUAUUGAAUGAUUCAGGUCUGGAUGACAGUGAUGAAAUAGUCUCUCAAUCUAGUCUUGAUUCAAAUAAUAUUCUGCAGGAUGUUCCAUGUUAUACAAAAUUUGCAUAA